GCGAGGAGGGGCAGGUGAAUAUGAAUGUGGUGCGCAUUGGGUAAGGCGAUUUCAAAGCAACAAUCCCCUAACGCCAUCAGCGACAGUUGAACUCCACGAACGUAGGACCGACGGAAAGUAUUAAAAAGCGCAUCCGGCUCUCCCCAUUGGACGCAAUCACGCCCGUCCUUACCAAGAAAUACGUUCCCCCUCGAACUUCGGGUGUGCAGGGUUUACAACCAUCUUCCUUCCCGAAAGCACAUUGCACUUUUUUCUUUGUAGUAUCAUCUCGGGGUCGGAGCAUGCUCUACUGCCUAACCGACUUCCUCCACAACUACCGCUCUCUGUUACGAAGCCCGCUGCAGCCAAGCAGACUACCCUUCACGAUGACCGUCUCAUAUCCAUUCCAGACCGUUUUUGCUGUCCCCAUGACAUGUGACAGCUGCGUCAAGGACGUUUCAGACUCGUUGUACAAACUGGGGGGCAUCACCAAGGUCGAGGCCAACCUCGAGGACCAAUUGCUAUCUGUCGAGGGCACAGCCGCGCCGUCUUCCAUUGUCGAUGCCAUUCAAGCCACUGGCAGGGACGCUAUCCUGCGAGGCUCGGGGGGAUCAAACAGCGCGGCUGUCAGCAUCCUCGAGUCCUUUUACCGUGCAGACGAUGCCGAGCAUGCAAGUAAAGAGUUGGAUGGGGGGUCAGAUAGAGAGGUCAGGGGCUUGGCCAGAAUGGUGCAGGUUUCUCCGACUACCACUCUAAUCGACUUGACGCUACGCGGUGUGGCCCCCGGCUCUUACAGAGCGACGAUCCGUGAGUAUGGCAACCUGGCAGAGGGUGCAUCUUCGACUGGCCCUGUCUGGUCGGGAGGUAGCGAAGGCAAUGCCGCCAAGGGGUUCUUGGGCGUUUUCCACGUCAGCAAGGAUGGCAGAGGCAGCGCGUACCUCGACAAGCCCUUUCAGAUCUGGGAAGUCAUUGGCCAUGCGAUGGUCGUCUCGAGACAAGAUGAAUCUGCAGGGGCGCUGAAAAACGACUCCGACACCGUAGUUGGCGUGAUUGCCAGGAGUGCCGGCGUGUGGGACAAUGACAAGACCGUGUGCUCUUGUACCGGCAAGACGUUGUGGGAGGAGCGAAAGGAGAAGGUUGAGAAGGGCAUGCUCUAGGCCUCAUCUUAAGCACCCCGUGGGAACCCCUCGAAUGAUGUACGAAAUGAACCACGAAAUCAACGAAAGAUUCCCCAAUAUGUUUUAGUCCCAGGAAUCUCGGUUGUCAAGCCGAAUAUUAAACUUGCAGAGGAUCAUCAGCGGCAGCACGUGGAGAUGGCAGUCACUGUAAACAACAUCGUACGAUUUUUGUGAUGAACAGAGACUUUGGACCGCGUCUGCCACGUCCCGACAAGGCCCAGUGGCCAAGGCUCCCAGGACCUUGACAAGCCAGAUGCCAGGGGGGGGUGGUUGUGCCUGCAGUCGUGGUGUGAGAAAUCCUAGGAACCACCCCACUAAUGGGCUUGACAAUGAGGCU